CAGGAGUAAUGUGCCGGACGCGCCACUCCAAGUGCUCGGGCCGAGAAUUCCCUUGCAGUGACGGAAGGGGCUGUGUGGCACGUCCCCUCGUCUGCGAUGACGGUUUUCACUGCCCGGACGGAAGUGAUGAGAAGGAGGAGCUUUGUGAGGACGUAGGCGUGAUCAGGCUGAAGGAAAGUCACAGACGCCUCGAGGUGCUCGGAAUGGUGGCUGGCGCGGUGGAGGUGAAGCGGCGGGGCGUCUGGGCCGCCGUGUGUGGCUUCAUCGCGAUCAGCGAUGCCAAGGUACUGUGCAGGAGUCUGGGCUACAGUAGCGGCUGAACUAUGCCGCUGUACAGGGCCUACCUGGGAGGAGGCUACAGCGCCCAUCCUGUCGCUGCCGAAGUGAGAGGGACACGAGGUGUGGCUCGGCGAGUGCCCUGGCGAGGCGUGGGGCGAGCAGCGCUGUCCGGUCGGCAGCGACCUGGGUCUCCUGUGCUCGCUGGGGGUCAGGGCGCCAAUCGAGUGCUUACAUUCAGCUCAUUUCUGAUGAC